AUGCAGGCCUGGGACACUAUGGUGGUGACCCUGGCCAUACUGAUGCCUGCCACUGUGGAUGCCAAGAUCUUCGAACGCUGCGACCUGGCAAUGAAGCUGGAGGAGGCGGGCCUCAACGGCUUCAAGGGCUACACCAUUGGAGACUGGCUGUGCAUGGCGCACUAUGAAAGUGGCUUUGACACCUCCUUCGUGGACCACAAUCCUGAUGGCAGCAGUUCAUAUGGCAUUUUCCAGCUGAACUCCGCCUGGUGGUGUGACAAUGGUGUUACACCUACCCAGAACCUCUGUCACAUGGAGUGUCAUGAACUGUUCAACCGCCAUAUUCUGGAUGACAUCAUGUGUGCCAAGCAGAUAGUGUCCUCACAAAAUGGUAUGAAUACCUGGGAUUCUUGGAACCAGCACUGUUCUGGCCAUGAUUUAUCUGAAUGGCUCAAGGGGUGUCAUAUGUAUGCAAAACCUUACACAACAGAAAUUCAUUCAUGA